AUGUUAGACCUAUGCAUCAAGAACCCCCUGGACAAGAGCGUCGACUUCGAGCUUUCUGUGCCGGACACUGCUCUUGUUGAUGAUUUACGCACCCAGGUUGGCUUGAAACUGUCUGUCGACCCAUCUUUGGUGCGUCUUAUUUACAGCGGACAGAUGCUUGUUGGUUCCAAGCCUCUCAGUCAUUUUGGGAUUUCUAGCGGUAGUGUUAUCCACAUAUCGGUAAAGAAAGCAAAGAUCGCGGUCCCGACGCCAGCACAGACUGCACCGCCGGUUUCUGCUGAGCAAACUCAGCAACCCGCGCCUUUUCAGUCAACCGCCCCUCAAUCACAGCCACAGCAGCAACAGCAACAGCCACAGUUCCCAGCCGCCCCGGGAGACUUAUUUUCUAAUGCUAACAUGAAUUCUAUGGACUCUGUAUUUUCUCUACUCUCGGGAAAUCCUAUGGUUAGAUCCUUAUUGGGUAACAAGGACUUCGUUAGGCAACACAUUAUCAACAGUCCUAUGAUGCGAGAGAUGCUCCAGAGUAACCCAGAGCUUGCGGCACAUAUGCAGAGCCCCGAGGCAAUUGAAAUGUUUACUGAACUAAUGUGCAACCCCGAUAAGCUUCAGGCUGCUUUGCGCGACGUGGAUAGCUCCAUCACUCAAAUGUCGACAACGCCGGGUGGCGCUGCCAUGCUUGAACGUCUGCGCCAUGAUAUGAAUCGCCUACAGGCCAACCUCCAGUCGAUGGAGCGCCCUCCGAUAGACCUAUUUGGGUUGAACAGGUCGCAAGAUGCGGAUGAGCCGACGGAGGAGCAGCGUGCAGACAGCCUUAGGGCUUACGAAUAUUUGCAGAACCUAUUCAACAGCGAGAGCAAUUCGCUGUUCACUAACUUAUUCAACGCUGCAUCCCAGGAAGGUCUAUUUUCGUAUACUCUUGGACGAACCAAUCCGCGCUUCUCGGAGUCAGGUUUUCCAAUGACAUACUCUCAGAUGUUGCAGAAUGAGAUCGUUGAGGGGCCAAUCUUUCCACCCCCAACCGUUCAAGAUGGCGGGCUGGGCUCCAGGGGCUUUGGUGCCAUAAAUCCAGAUGCGAUGAUGGACCUUAUCAGGUCCAAUCCCAUGAUGGCAGAGAUGUUUCGUGAGAUGGCGAGAAACCCAGAGCUGAUCAGGCAACAGUUUAAUAGCCCUCUAUUUCAGCACAUGAUUAGACAGCAAUUCGGGAAUUCUCCUUAUGUGACAGAGCUCCUUAACAACCCUGACCUGCUAUCAAGUGUCAUGGAUCGCUAUCUGAACACGGGGACAUCUAGCACUAGUAAUAAUAGACAAAUGAGUCAGCCACGUACCCAAUCAGAAAACAGCUUUUCUUCUACUCUAGACCAGCUUCGUCAACGAUUCACCAAAGAGCUCGAUGAGGUUCAUUCAAUGGGAAUCUAUGGAAGAGACGAAGAAGUCCUUCAGUUGCUUUCUCAAUACGGUGGUAAUCUUGAAUAUGUUCUAAAUAUUCUUUUCCAAUGA